AUAUAAAAUACCUUCUUACCAUUGCACUUCGGCAUUGCUGUGUUGGCGUAGACUCCUUGCACGUCUUAAGUCAACGGGGUUCAUUGUCGUUUAAACCAGACCUUAUUAAAACUAUUAGUCAAGUGAUACAUUUCACCAGCCUGAACAUUCAAAAUGCGUGAGUGCAUCUCCGUCCACGUGGGCCAGGCAGGAGUGCAGAUUGGCAAUGCAUGCUGGGAGCUGUAUUGCCUGGAACAUGGAAUCCAGCCUGACGGAAAUAUGCCGAGUGACAAGACGAUUGGCGGCGGAGAUGACUCCUUUAACACUUUCUUUAGUGAGACGGGCUCAGGGAAACACGUUCCUCGGGCUGUGUUUGUGGAUUUGGAGCCAUCUGUCAUUGAUGAAGUCAGGACUGGCAUAUAUCGACAGCUCUUCCACCCCGAGCAGCUCAUAUCUGGAAAAGAAGACGCAGCCAAUAAUUAUGCCCGUGGUCACUACACUGUGGGAAAGGAGAUCAUCGACAUGGUGCUGGAGCGUGUCCGCAAACUGACUGAUCAGUGCACAGGUCUGCAAGGAUUCCUCAUCUUCCAUAGCUUUGGAGGUGGAACUGGUUCUGGGUUCACCUCACUGCUCAUGGAGCGUCUGUCAGUUGAUUAUGGCAAGAAAUCCAAGCUGGAGUUUGCCAUCUAUCCGGCCCCCCAGGUGUCCACAGCUGUAGUUGAGCCCUACAAUUCCAUCCUGACCACUCACACCACCCUGGAGCACUCUGAUUGUGCCUUCAUGGUGGACAAUGAGGCCAUCUAUGAUAUCUGCCGCCGCAAUCUUGAUAUUGAGCGACCUUCCUACACCAACCUCAACAGGCUCAUUGGCCAAAUCGUAUCUUCCAUCACAGCCUCACUGCGCUUUGACGGUGCCCUAAAUGUGGACCUCACCGAGUUCCAAACUAAUCUUGUCCCCUACCCCCGCAUCCAUUUCCCUCUGGUCACCUAUUCACCCAUUAUCUCUGCUGAGAAGGCCUACCAUGAGCAGUUGUCUGUUGCAGAGAUCACAAGUGCCUGUUUUGAGCCCUCCAAUCAGAUGGUGAAGUGUGACCCUCGUCAUGGCAAGUACAUGGCCUGCUGUAUGCUGUAUCGCGGGGAUGUGGUGCCCAAAGAUGUCAACGCUGCCAUUGCCAACAUCAAGACCAAGCGUUCCAUCCAGUUUGUGGACUGGUGCCCCACAGGCUUUAAGGUGGGUAUCAACUAUCAGCCUCCCACAGCGGUGCCCGGUGGGGACCUGGCCAAGGUGCAGAGGGCGGUUUGCAUGCUCAGCAACACCACUGCCAUUGCCGAGGCCUGGGCACGUCUGGAUCACAAGUUUGAUCUCAUGUAUGCCAAGCGUGCCUUCGUCCACUGGUAUGUGGGAGAGGGCAUGGAGGAGGGGGAAUUCUCAGAGGCAAGAGAAGAUCUGGCAGCUCUAGAGAAGGAUUAUGAGGAAGUGGGGGCAGACUCAACAGAGGGAGAGGAAGAAGAAGAAUACUGAAUGUCUCCAAGCAAUGUCUUUAGUGCACUUGACGCCCAAGCUAACAAGAUAGUAAUGGUUUUUCUGUCAAGUGAUAUCUUAUGUGAAAGAAAAUAAGUCUGUUAUUGCCAGUUGCAGUGAAGCAUUGAUGGUACUUCUGUGGUCCAUCAAAACCAUACACUGGCCUUUGUAAGCAACAGGCAAGACCCCUGUUGGCAAACUUUCUUUUAUUCUGUUUUUUCUACUUCUAAAUAAAGGUUGUAAAAACUUC